AUGCUCAAGACAGACUCCGGCCUUCUCUCGACCGACCUUGACAAGGUGGUCAAGCCCAAUGUGGUGUUCCUGCAGCAGUGCGGGCUAGGUGCUUGUGAUAUUGCCAAGCUCUGUAUCCGUGUGCCCAGGAUGCUGACCACCAACCCGGAGCGCGUCCGGGCAAUGGUGGCGUGCGCUGAAAGAUUAGGCAUGCCGCGUGGCUCUGGGAUGUUCAGGCAAACGCUACAGCCUGUCGCGUUUCUGAGCGAGGAGAAGAUCGCCACCAAAUUGGAUUACCUGAAGAAGACGUUCAGAUGGUCUGAUGCCCAAGUGAGCAUUGCUGCGCGUAAGUAUCCGAGUCUGCUAAGGACGUCAAGUGGCGCGCUGCAGCAAAGAUCUCAAUUCCUCCUAUGGGAGGUGGGGGUGGAACCGGCGUACAUUGCUCAUCGACCGAUAAUACUCGGUUAUAGCAUGGAGGGCUGA